GUCGCCGUCGCCGCCGACGAUGCUUCCGUUCGAGGAACAGGUGGCGACGGACCUGGUAGAGGAUCCCAAUGGAGGGCUGGUGGUGCUCUCCUCCGGCCUCCCGCUCGCCUCCCUCGUCGCCACCCUCCUCCUCCACCUCCACCACCAAUCCUCUUCAUCCCCUUCACCCUCCUCCUCCUCCGGCGGCGGCGGGGGCGGCUGCUUCCUCAUCCUCUCCGCCCCGGACACCCUCAAGGACCAAAUCCGCCGCCGCCUCCUCGAAUCCCAGCUCCUCCAGGUCCACGACGUGGGCCCCGACGUCCCCGCCGCCCAGCGCCGCGCUCUCUACAACUCCUCCGCCGACGGCGUCGCUCUCUUCCUCACCCCGCGCGUCCUCGCCGCCGACCUCCUCACCUCCCACCUCCACCCCUCCCGCGUCGGGGCCCUCCUCCUCCUCGCCGCCCACCGCGCCUCCGACACCUCCUCCGACGCCUUCAUCGCCCGCCUCCUGCGCCAGCGCCACCUCCUCCCCGUCUACGCCUUCUCCGACCGCCCCCACGCCAUGGUCGCGGGCUUCGCCAAGGCCGAGCGCGCCAUGAAGAGCCUCUACAUCCGCCGCCUACACCUCUGGCCUCGCUUCCACGUCCUCGUCGCCGCCGACCUCGAGCGCUCCCCGCCCGAGGUCGUCGACGUCCGCGUCCCCAUGACGGGCCCCAUGGCCGGCAUCCAGGCCGCCAUCCUCGACGCCAUGGACGCCUGCCUCAAGGAGCUCAGGCGGACCAACAAGGUCGACGUCGAGGACCUCACCGUCGACAAGGGCCUCUUCAAGUCCUUCGACGAGAUCGUCAGGAGGCAGCUCGACCCCAUCUGGCACACGCUCGGCAAGAAGACCAAGCAGCUCGUCACUGACCUUAGGACGCUGCGCAAGCUGCUCGAUUACCUUCUCAGGUACGACGCUGUGACCUACUUGAAGUAUCUGGACACCCUAAGAGUAUCUGAAGGUGUCCGAUCAGUUUGGAUAUUGGCUGAUUCAAGCCACAAGAUAUUUGAACUCGCAAAGAGGCGUGUUUAUCAGGUUAUUAGACCGGAUGGCACAAAAGUUAGUACAAUUAACAAGGGCACACCAACAAAGAAGAGAAAGGUGGCGCAUGGUAGCAGCAAGAAAGGAAAAGAAACGGAAAAUGAGGAUUCCACUCCUAGCAAGGAUGACACUCAGAAGGUAAAUGCACUGGAAGAGGUUUUGGAGGAAGCACCAAAGUGGAAAGUGUUACGGGAACUGUUGCAAGAGAUAGCAGAAGAACAGAGAAAGGGAGAUGGUGUUGUGCAUGAAGAUGAAAGUAGUGAAAGUGGCAUAGUCUUAGUAGCGUGCAAAGAUGAGCGCUCAUGCUUGCAGCUGCAGGAAUGCAUAUCAAAAAGCCCCCAGCAGGUCAUGCGAGAAGAGUGGGAGAAGUACUUGCUUGGGAAAGCUGAGCUGCAUGGAUUACAUAAAAAGAAGAAGAAGAGACAAUCUCAGCAACCAAAAGGGUUUGGUGUCCUGGAUGGGGAAUUUCCUGCAGGGCCUAGUGAGAAUGCAGGGCCCGUAAGUAUUCGCAAUCUUGAGACUGAUGCCUUACUUGCUGCCGCCUCUGGUAUAAGCAAUUUAACCAAGGAAGCUGAUGCCAUCGAUGAUUCAGUUGCAAGCUGCAGGAGUGGUUCUGUGAAGGGAAAAGGAAAGGGGGUAUCAAGGAAAGUCCCAAAGAGAAAAGCCAGUAAUAGAAAAACUAAUAAUGCUACAGAAAAUGAGAAUUGCCAAGGUACUGAUGUGGAAGCAUCUGGUAAAAUAGACGAACAAUCUGAAAUCGAUGUCUCUAAGGAGUCUGCCAAAGAUGCUUCUGGUCCAUCCUCCACUGCUCACAAUGCUGAAGACUUGAUUGAUGCCAAAAUGCUGCCUCCUGUGCAAUUUUAUGCCCUAGAUAGUGACCAGCAUAUACUUGACACAUGGAAACCAUCUGUAAUUAUUGUCUAUAAUCCAGAUAUAACCUUUGUCCGAGAAAUUGAGGUAUACAAGGCUGAGAACCCAUCAAAAAAGUUGAGAGUUUACUUCCUUUUUUAUGAAGAAUCUUCUGAGGCCCAAAAGUUUGAGUCAAGCAUUCGUCGGGAAAAUGAAGCAUUUGAAUCUUUGAUCAGACAAAAGUCUCUGAUGAUGAUACCUGUUGAUCAGAGUGGCCGUUGCAUUGGACCAACUCUGGCAAAUGAGCCAGAACCUAUUUUAUCUCAGAAUUCAUUAACAAGAAAUGCAGGUGGUAGAAAGCCAACAGAGAAGGAGAUGCAGGUUAUUGUAGACAUGCGGGAGUUCAUGAGCAGUCUUCCCAAUGUACUACACCAGAAGGGUAUUCGGAUAAUACCGGUGACCCUGGAAGUUGGUGACUAUGUUCUUUCUCCUUUGAUAUGUGUUGAAAGAAAAAGCAUCUCAGACUUGUUCCAGAGCUUUGCUUCUGGUCGUCUCUACAAUCAGGUUGAGACCAUGAUUAGGUAUUACAAGAUCCCAGUGCUUCUGAUAGAGUUCUCACAAGAUAAGAGCUUCUCCUUCCAGUCUGCAAGCGAAGUUGGGGACGAUGUGUCCCCAACAAACAUAAUCUCUAAGCUGUCACUGCUAGUCCUGCAUUUUCCUCGGCUUCGCAUAGUGUGGUCUCGCAGCCUGCACGCGACAGCAAGCAUAUUCAUGUCGCUGAAAACAAACCAGGAUGAGCCUGACGAAACCAAGGCGAUGAGGGUGGGCGUGCCUUCAGAGGACGGGGUUGUGGAAGAUGACGUGAGGGCUGAGAAUUACAACACGUCCGCAAUCGAGUUUCUGAGAAGGCUUCCCGGUGUGACGGACUCCAACUACAGAGCGAUAAUGGACGGGUGUGAUAGCCUGGCGGAUCUGGCACUGCUACCGGUGGAGAGGUUAGCGGAAGUGAUGGGUAGUCAGAGAGGAGCGCGGACACUCAAGGAAUUUCUCGAUGCCAAGUGUCCCAGCAUGAUCUCCUGAAAAUGAUCAUUGCUGGUCUGGUGAAGUGAGCUCUAGGAUGAAGAGGAGUAGUCAUUCCUUGUGUGCUAUAUGGAUGGUUAGAGUUGUGUGCUUAGGUAAGGUAGGUAGGUUAAGGUUAGGUAAUCCGAAUUGCAACAUCACCACUAGUAUGAGUCUAGGAUUGUGUCAUUCGGCAAUAGAAUGGAGAUAUUUUGUGUAAUGGGGACCCGCAAAUUGCUAGAGUGGGCAAUUUCAUCCAAUCCAGACUAUCCAGUUGCAAAAUGUGAUUGCUCUUUGAAAAUCAAGCUUCUUUAA